UCUGUCUGUGUCAGUGUGAGCAGUGAAAUGGCUGAAGGUGGAGGUUUACUGGAUCAGGACCAUUUGAGCUGUUCGAUCUGUCUGGAUCUACUGAAGGAUCCGGUGACUAUUCCCUGUGGACACAGUUACUGUAUGGGCUGUAUUAAGGGCUACUGGAAUCAGAAUGAUCAUACUGGUGUCUACAGCUGCCCCCAGUGCCGACAGACCUUCACCCCAAGGCCAGUUCUGAACAAAAGCACCUUGCUGGCUGAAGUGGUGGAGAAACUGAAGAAGACAGGACUCCAAGCUGCUCCUCCUGCUCACUGCAACUCUGGACCUGGAGACGUGGCGUGUGAUGUCUGUCCUGGGAGAAAGCGCAAAGCCAUCAAGUCCUGUCUGGUGUGUCUGGCCUCUUACUGUAAAACUCACCUCCAGCCUCACUAUGAAUCUCCUGCCUUUAAGAAGCACAAAUUGGCCAAAGCCACUGGAAACCUGCAGGAGAAGAUCUGCUCUCAUCAUGACGAACCACUGAAGAUUUACUGUCGUACCGAUCAGCAGUGUAUCUGUUAUCUGUGUACAGUGGAUGAACACAGAGGCCAUGAUACAGUCUCAGCUGCAGCAGAAAGGACUGAGAAACAGAAGCAGCUGGGGGCGACACAGAGUAAAUUCCAGCAGAGAAUCCAGGAGAGAGAGAAGGAGCUGCAGGAUCUGAGACAGGCUGUGCAGUCACUCAAGCGCUCUGCACAGGCAGCAGUGGAGGACAGUGAGAGAAUCUUUACUAAGAUGAUCCGCUCCAUUGAGAGAAGGUGCUCUGAGGUGAAAGAGCUGAUCAGAGAUCAGGAGAAGGCUGAAGUGAGUCGGGCUGAAGGACUCCUGGAGCGACUGGAGCAGGAGAUUGCUGAGCUGAGGAGGAGAGACGCUGAGCUGGAGCAGCUUUCACACACAGAGGAUCACAUCCAUUUCCUCCAGAGCUGUCAGUCUCUCUGUGCCCCUCCUGGACCUGUAGACAUACCCAGCAUCUCUGUCAGUCCACACGUCUCUUUGAGGCUGUGAGGAAAUCUGUCUCUCAGCUGAAAGAGCAACUGAAGGGCAUCUGCAAGAGGAAUUCGGCAAAAUCUCUCAAACAGUGGGAAAUAUCCAUCUUCUAAAGCCAGGACCACAGAACCCAGGACCACAGAACCCAGGACCACAGAGCCCAGGACCACAGAGCCCAGGACCACAGAACCCAGGACCACAGAACCCAGGACCACAGAACCCAGGGCCACAGUACCCAGGACCACAGAACUCAGGCCCACAGUACCCAGAACCAUAGAACCCAGGACCAUAGAACCCAGGACCACAGAACCCAGGACCACAGAACCCAGGGCCACAGUACCCAGGACCACAGUACCCAGAACCACAGUACCCAGAACCAUAGAACCCAGGACCAUAGAACCCAGGACCACAGAACCCAGGGCCACAGUACCCAGGACCACAGUACCUAGGACCACAGAACCCAGAACCAUAGAACCCAGGGCCAUAGAACCCAUGACCACAGAACCCAGGGCCACAGUACCCAGGACCACAGAACCCAGGACCAUACAGAGCAGGAUCAUACAGAGCAGGACCAUAGAACCCAGGACCACAGAACCAGGACCAUAAAGAGCAGGAUCAUACAGGGCAGGAGUUUUAAAGUGCCUCCCAUGCUGGCCAGGUUUGAGUUCUCAGGGCCCAAGAUAAAAUUGGACCCCACGGAAUUGGGGUUCUCAGAGCCCAGGACCAGAGACGACUUCUUACAAUUUUCCUGUCAGCUCACACUGGACCCCAACACAGCGCAUAAACACCUCCGUCUGUCUGAGGGGAACAGAGCCGUGACCUGUGUGGGAGAGAGCAGCCAUAUCCUGAUCAUCCAGAGAGAUUUGACUACUGGUGGCAGGUGCUGUGCAGAGAGGGUCUGUCUGGACGCUGUUACUGGGAGGCUGAGCGGAGUGGAUGUGGGGUUUCUAUAGCAGUGACAUUUAAAGAGAUCAGCAGGAAAGGAAGAGGGUGAUGACGCUGCUCCGGGACGUAAUGACAAGUCCUGGAGAUUGCGCUGCUCUCCUCCGUUUACACAUUCUGGCACAACAGUGAGAGCACUCACAUCCCUGCUCCCUCCUCCUCCAGAAUAGGAGUGUACCUGGAUCACAGGGCAGGAACUCUGUCCUUCUACAGCGUCUCUGACACAAUGACCCUCCUGCACAGAGUCCAGACCACAUUCACUCAGCCCCUCUACCCUGGGUUUUGGCUUCAUGAUUAUGGAUCCUCUAUAAAACUGUGUGAUAUGUGAUGAGACAGAAAGUGAAGGGAAGAUCAGCUGUAAUUAAAGAGAGGGAAAAACAGUGAGAUAAAACAGUGAAAUGAGAGAAAAUUAAUUAAAUGAAUAUUGGGCUGGCUCAGUACACCAAGGGCUGAGUUUUACCUUGAUAUGCAGCUUCACAAACCUGAUUUAAUAAGAUUUGGUGAAGUCACUGUUGUGACUCCAUUUUGAUGAUUUAGGAAUGCUUAAUGGAUGAUUUUUGAGAUGCCUUAGAAGUAUUACAUCGCUGUACAGGGCGUUUAGUGCUGCAGCACCCAGACUCUGGAAUGACCUUCCUGGGUGCAAUAGGAGUUCUGAAUCCAUCCAGUCUUUCAGAACACGGUUUAAAACCCUGUCUGUUUAGAAAGGCCUAUCACACUGGUCAUCACACAUAGCAUUUCUCUGCUCAUUGGGGGUUCUCCUCCCUGCUGGUUCCUGGUAAACAUUGUUUUUAUAGCUCGCCUUCUUGUUUUUAGUCUUGCUUUUUAUGUUGCGUCUUGUAUUGUUGUUUAUCUUUUUUCAUUCAUUAUUAUUAUUUUAGAAAUGUUUGUACUGUACAGUGCUUUGAGCUUGGGAAAAACAUUUCACAAAUAAAAUGUAUUAUUAUUA